GUAAUUCGCUUCACAUGUGUGGAUCUUUGUUGUGGAUUCUUUCAUUCUUACCUUCGUCGGUUAGAGAUCAGACAUUAUGACACUUCACGACGUUCACACACAAGCGCUUACAGUCUCUGCAGCACUGGGAUUAAUGGUUAUAAUGGGUUAUUUUGUGGGCAAACGAAAAUCUAAAUUGUCAAGAAUGUCUGGUAAAAGUCACGUGGGAGGUAGAGAUGAUCCAGUGAUGCAGUAUCUCCUGACUCACUCACUGAGAGAACAUCCAGCUCUUAAAAAACUACGUCAGAAAACUAUGGAGCAUCAGUUGAACAUCAUCAUGGUAGCAUGUGAGCAGUCACAGUUUAUGGCCAAUCUGGCCAGAUUAAUACAGGCCAAGAAAGCUAUUGAAAUUGGUGUAUAUACAGGCUAUAAUGCAGUGAGUAUUGCUCUCGCCUUGCCUGAAGAUGGAAAAUUGAUUGCAUGUGACGUGAAUGAGGAAUUCACCAACAUUGGAAAACCUUUUUGGAAAUUGGCAGGUGUUGAUCAUAAAAUAGACCUGCGUCUGCAGCCUGCACUGAAAACACUGGAUGAGCUGUUGGCUGCAGGUGAAGCUGAAACAUUUGAUUUCGUCUUCAUUGACGCUGAUAAAGUCAAUUACGACAACUACUAUGAGAAAUCUCUCCAGCUGCUCAGAAAAGGAGGAAUAAUUGCCAUAGAUAAUGUCUUGUGGAGCGGUAAAGUGGUGAAUCCAGCUGAAGGAGAUGUGGACACCAUUAGCAUCGAUAAUCUGAACAAGAAACUUCACAGAGAUAUCAGAAUCAAUCUGAGCAUGCUCACUGUGGGCGACGGCCUAACGUUAGCAUUUAAACUGUGAAUUUAUACAAGCUAACACACAACUACAACUGCCAACAGCCUUAAAAGUGAACAAACCUAAACCAGCUCCAAAACCCAGUCAACUGCCCACAUAGGUGGCAUUCAAAGGCAUUUUAGGUUUACUCCUGACAUGAGGACUGUUACAGAAGAUAGGUUACAAACCCUUUUAUCAUUCCCAGAAUGCACUGCAACACACAGUGUAGCUACUUAUUUAGUUUUUAAUUGUUUGCAUUCCAAUUCAGAUUGGAUGCUGCCGAUGUGGUGGAUGGCAAUUCAGUUCAUUGGGUUUUGGGAACAAAGCAUUCCAGAAAUCCAUGCAACAGUACAUUUAUAAUGGAUUUGUAAUCAAUGUUUUUGUGUCAUUUCACUGUGGAUAUACCUUUAAUAACUGCAAUGUGAACAAAUGAUGGCAAAGUUUUGCAGUAAAGGUGCCUGAACAUGCUGUUUAAAUGUAACAUUUGAUCAAAAGUUUUCA